AUGUCUUCGAACUCGUCUAUUCCAGAGACAGAUUCUAAUGGGCUGUCUGGAGUGCCAGGCGAAAGUGAGCGAUGCCCUUCAAAUUCGGAUGACCUUCGUCGAUUGCGUACUGGAAAGCGAGGCAGACCACCGAUUGACCCUUCGCAAAAAGGCGUAGCAGAGAGACGCCGUAACCAAGUCAGGAAAGCACAACGGGCAUACAGAUUUCGGAAAGAGGAAGAAGCUACUUUUCGCAUGAACUACGUGCAGGUACUGGAAAAUCGAAUCAGGCAGAUGAGACAGUCUUUCUUCGAGCUGGCAUCCCACGUCGAAAAGGCCCAAAUUACCCACAGGGAGCCGAAUCGCACAUACGAGCUCCAGAGGAUCAUUCGCGACUUUUUAUCUGCUUCUCAAACCAUCGAGCCUUUCGGCGAGUCACAACACAAUGAUGGAUAUGCCAUCAAUGACUACCCCAGGAGUGACCCCACCCCGUUGAACCCAGUUGUGUCCUCCAAUAUCUACACCUCUUUCCAGACAAACUUGCCAGCACCAGCCAGUGUAGGGCCCCUCGAAACGCCAAUGCCUAUUCAUGCGCCUCCUUUCGGGGAUUAUUUAUUUUUCCCCGGAUCAGGAGCCCCAAUUCCGAGGACUUUCGCCCAGCGACUCUAUUUCACUUGCAUCAAGCGGGCCCACGGCCUGCUCACUAAUCCACACGCCGAUGGGGCUGAAGUUGCCCGCGUGUUUCAGUACUCGUUUCAGUACUCUGACGCCAGCACGAUGAUUUCGACUUUUGACGUCUUGCUACGAACCAACGCCGACUACCGAACAGCAUAUGUGUAUAACUUGGGUGGUGCUGGUAGCCAUUACCAAUACAGGCAGACAGAUCUCGACAUUGUCCAAAAGGUCUCAUUAGGACAAGAGACACCGGCUAAGAGCGACGAUGAAACAUGGUUCGAUCCUCGAGAUAUCGAGGGUUGGCUUGAAGAGAAUGGACUUGUUAUUGGAGGGGCGCAGUCGUUCAUGUAUUUGUCGGACUUCAGGUCCUUCGAACCGUGCAAGGAUAUCACACCAUGCCAAGAAACCGACCCCUUUUUGAUUUCACGGCGGGAUACUAGGCAGAGUGCUAAAGUUCUCAACGUGGACCGAUUUCUUCAAGGUUUGUCAUAUUCCCCGCGUAUCUGUAUUUCAAAGAUUUAUUCCGGAAUGCUGAACAUGCAAUCUGAAUAG